AUGUCCCUGGAUCCACCACAAGCGGCCGUGACAGACCCAGAAUGCCAAUAUCGCGACUUUCGCAUCAGCGACGCAUGCCAAGAUCCAACGCCGGGGGCGCGCGUGCCGUCACGACAGGACGCGGCAGCAGUGCACGCCGCGCUGCGUUUCGCAGCCCCCGCGCGCGGCCAUCAGCCGCAGCUCGUCAAUGCGGCAGGCGAGCUCCAAGAUGGCGACUGGGAGGUCGCGCCCGUGGCCGUGGCCGAGGCCGUGGCCGAGGCCGUGGCCGAGGCAGUGGUGGCUGUGUUGCAGGUGGCCGCCGGCAUGCUGCGUGUGCUCUGGGGCUCCGGCAGCGACGGGGCUGUGGAAGAGGCCGCCGCCGCCGAGGGGCGCGUAGAUCUGGAAGACGUCCUCGUGGCGCUGGGGCCGCGCGGGGGCGCAGGCGUGGGGGCGGGGUACACCGGCGCUGGGUGA